UUUGUGCCACAUUAGAUAACAUAAGGGGAUUAAUGAUUGAUUUCUUGACUUUGCUUGUAAAUUCUGAUCCCAAAGCUUAGUUUGCCAUUUUAAAUUUAAAUGAGGAUGAUGGCAAAAAAAGUAGUCGGUGAUUUGUGUUGCAUGCAUGCACUUUACUCUCUUUGUUGUAUUAAAUAAAUCCUUAAAAGGUGAUGAAGAAGAGACGGCUGAAGUCCCUGAAGCAGAGACAGCCACGGAAGAGGCUGCUGCAGCAGCUGCUGCUGGACCUGCAGCACAGGAUGAGAGUGCUGGGGUGUCCCCAGAAACUGGAGGGGAGACUGACUUACCGGCUCCAGAUGCAUCCCCUGCUGUGGAGGAAGCACAGCAGGAAGCUGCUGCUAAUUUGGAAGUUGCUGCUAAUUCAGAAGCUGCUGCAGUGCAAGAAACUGUGAGUGAAGUCUUGGAUGUUGCAGCUUCUCCCCACGAGGAAAGCUUAGACAGUGUCAAGGAAGGAGUAUCCUCAGAAGCUCAAGAGAUUUCCGAGACAUCCUCGAGGAGCCAGGACGUUGACGCUGAGGAGUCGGGACAACCUUCGGAAGUUUCUGUGGAGGAGAAGACACCUGAAGAAGUUGCUAAGGAAUCCUAAAGCAAGCAGUGCUGAAGCCUUUGAAAAGUUUAAUGGGAAUAUUCGUGGCAAUCAACCAGCUGACUCCUGUGUGAAAGAAACCUCAUACUCUUCCUUGGAGACCUAAAAGAAUUGUGCAGUUUGUCACACCGCACGCUGCUCCUUAGGACCAGUAUUCAUUGCUGCAACUGACAACCUAAUACCAUUUAAGUUGGUUAGAGAGACGCUUCUGUGAUUAACAUCUCUGCUUUAGGAAGUAGCAGCCAGUAAUAACUGUCAAAGCACGACCCGGCAUGUAAUAAAUAGACGUGCUGAGAGAAGCUGUAGACUUAACUGAAACCACGUCAAGUGAACUCAUCCUAGCUCUGCCUUGUCUCGUUAAUGUAUAUUGUUUUCUUACUUUCGGUCCAAACUGUGGCGCAUAAUUACAUGAUUGUAACAUUCCAUGCUAAAAUGUAAGCAAAAGGUUUUAACUAAGCUAAAAAACUUAUAAAAAUUACCUGAUAGUAUUUUUAAACUGGGUGACAGGGAAAAUAACAACCUUGUUUGCUCCCAAGUUUGGAUUUGCAAUUGUUAAGUGUAGGACAUUUGGCUGUACAAAUCUAAUUUCCCCCCUGCAUAAACAUUUUUGAUGCUACAAUAUGCAGGAAUAAACAUUUUUAAGCCUCCUGCUUUGAGAACAAAACCCAUUUGCAAGUAGUAGCGAUAGGUGCUUUACAGCAUGAAAAUCAAAAUAACACUGGUUAAGUUAUCGAUUGAAGUGUUGGUGCCUACUUUGCAGGUGCUAGGCCCCGUUCCUACCAAACCUUGUUCAGCUUCUUGUAGUCCUUCUGUGUUGUUCUGUCUCAGCAGGGACACGCAGCAGUGGCAUAACAGCAUGGAGCUUUGAGAGAAUACUCAUAGAAAUAAUGAACAAUUUAGGCUAUGGUGAAGUUUGCAGAUGGCCAGCAACAUGGCAGAUGGCCCGUGGAAGGCUAUACCACAGGUGUUCAAAUGGACAAGGAUUUUUAGGGAGUAAUAAAGAACAGAAUCACUAAAGAAUCUUCUGUUUUUAGUACUACCUUA